UUCCACGCCAGCCUGGAGUGAGCAAUAAUCUGUUUGAAAUACUUGAAAUUGAAAGAGGGAUUACUGCCGAUGAAUUUGAAGCAAACGACGACCCAGGUGUGCUGGUACACAGCUGUAAUUUUGAUAGUGGACUGUGUGGAUGGAUCAAGGACAAAGAUGAUGACUUGCACUGGGAACCAGUGAGAGAUGGGUCAGGGGGACAAUAUCUUACCAUCUCUGAUCCCAAAGGCAAAGAAGGAAGAGCGGCACAUCUUAUCCUCCCCUUGGAUCACAUGGCUCAGGCCAGAGACUUGUGCCUGUCGUUUAGGCAUAAGGUGCCUGGACUGCACUCUGGUGCCCUCCAAGUCUUUGUAAGGAAAAAUGGUGCUCACGGACCAGCUGUUUGGGGAAGAAACGGGGGCCAUGGCUGGAGACAGACGCACAUAACUUUACGAGGACUAGGCAUCAAGAGUGUUAUUUUCAAAGGAGAGAAAGGGAAAGGAAGAACUGGGGAUAUUGGCCUAGAUGAUGUGAUCUUGAGGAGAGGACGCUGCUCUGAAGAGCAUUAGCAAAGACAAUGGACCAGCACAGUCAUCUCCUCUAGCCCUUCUCAUGCAAUUCCUACCAAGCUUUGAAACACAACUGCAUGAAUGAGAAGAAAAAGUGGGAGAGCAACAACUUCUUAGUGGUCUGCUAAGUGCAAUCUCAUGGAAACUUCACUUAAAUACGUGGAGAGCACCUCCCAGGAUUCAGGAAAUCCAAUCUCAGGCUGGUUCUUUCUAUUAAUCCUUUACCCUUAAUUACAUAGUUUCUAUGUAAUAACUUUAUCCCCUGUGGUGAGUGUUCACAGAAAGAGCACUCAUGAAAAAGGGAGAAUUAAUUACAAAUGGUGGCAGAAGGAAGCUCCAGCUCAAAGUUUUAGUGUUAACUGAUAAUCAUUAACUUCCCACAGUGCUAGUCUUUCAUUGAUUAGAUUUAACAGACAGUGGGAUUGAUCUAGCUUGAGUCACACCGGAUCAGUGAAAGCCUGGACCUGAACUUUGGCUUUCUGCCACUAACCUUUGAAGAAGGGUUUGCUUUGUAUUAAAUAGCAUUUAUUUUGCUGUUGCAUCUGUAUUAACAAAACCCAGUUAUCUAGAGUAGGCAUUGCAUCCUGUAAUAUUGCUCCUGCCAUGUUUUGUGUAUAUGUGUAUGGUUAACAUAUUUAUGUUUUUAAUAUUUACAGACUCUAGUUGCAAGGUAAUUGGCAGCUGUACUUCUUAUUGUACAAGACAGGAGUUCUUCAAUACCGCUGGUGAUGCCAAGUUACCAAAGUCAGUUAAUGGUGCUCAUUGAAAAAUGCUGGUGCAGUUCUUCAUGUUGUAAUGUCCUGAGGGCAAAAGACCAAACACUCACCUGAUAUAAACUGGCAUCUGAUAAUGGUGUACCAGUUUGCAUCUAGCUCAGAAGCAAGGCUCUCAAUCCUGCAAGAAUCUCCUGGUUCAGUUGCAAACUGAGCAGCAGGGAGAAGAUGAACUUGGAUCUUGUAAGGUGGAGCCUGUUGACACCAUCAGGAAUGUUCCCUUCCCACGGGUGGCACAAGCCUAAACAAUAAGCAAAAAAGGGCAGCUGCAUUAACGCUGUACAAACAAUUCAGACCAUGAAAUGCCUUGAGUGAUCUUUGUCAAGUGUCCAUAUUCCAUCCAAUCUUCUGUAUAUAAUAAAAAUUUUAUCCUUUAGAACUAGAACAACUAUUAGCUCUAGUUGGAAAUAAGUAUUUAUCAAAACUUUAGACUAAUUAUUUAGUUAUGUAUCAUGCAUAUGGUGUGCAGUUUCCCAGAAAAUUCUUCUGUUUGGUUUGGGAUUUUUUCAAUAGGCAGCAUCAUAAUCACUGCUAACUAUUCUAAAUUUGACAAAGUAAUUGUAACAUUUAAGAAAAUGACAAGAGUCGUAAAAUGUUGCUAAUGGUGCAGCCUUAAAGCUUCAAAAUGUACAUAAUAGAAGAAAUGGGUCUCAGAUCUUUUGAAUAUUUAAAUACAGUGUAAAAUAAAUGUCAGCUGCAUAUCAUGUUAUAAAACCAUCAUUAAAAAAAUUCAUGCAAAGUCUUACACAAAGUCCACAGAGAUAAAAUUGCAAAACCAUUAGAUGUCAUAUUAGAUGUUUCUGAUGAAGUAGCACUUUGAAAAUACUUUUCCCAUUUGUCCACCAGGACAAAGCAGAGUGUGUAUAGCAGAAAUGUACAUGACCAAAUAGAGAAUCUCCUGCAAAACUGUACCAGCAAACAUUUUGAAAAGCAAAAACCCAAGGCAUUUGUAAACAUUAGAUUUUAAACUGUUUUGCUUCAAAUAUGAUCAUGAUCUUUUUCUCUUACAUUACUUUGUGAUAUGUCAGAAAUAUUUGUGAAUAGUUGAAAUACCUUGUCUUUAUUUUAAAGUAAUCAGUAAAGGAGACUGUUACUUACUACUAA